AUGUCAUCAUCAUGUCACGAAAGAGAUAAAAAUGAUGAGGAGAAGAAUAAAGAGAUGAACGAAAAUAUAAUUUAUACAUUUUAUGAUGUGAAGAUAUUAUUAAAUACCUUUAUUUAUUUAUUUAUAAUAAGAUAUUUUAAAAAUGUGGAGAUAUUUUUUAAUUCUUAUAAUGUAAAGGACAGUGUUGUAAAUUUUAUACGACAUAAAAUUGACGAUUUAUUUAAACAAGUUUUUGAUAGGAAGAAUGUAGAAAAGGAGAAUAUCAAAGAUUUAUAUACGUGUGAUGAUGAUAUGAUAAAUAUAAAUGUAGAUAAGUUUGUAUUUAGUGAAGAUGAUAUUCUAUAUAAAAAUCAAAGUAGAAAUAGAAGAAAUAUAUGCAAUAUAUUGAAAGAUAAUAAUUUGAUAAGUGAACAGAUAUUUGAUAUGAACAAAAUGUUUGAAUAUGUUAAAAGUAUACAUUUGAAUAUGUUUUUAUUAGUACAUACGAAUGGUAAGAAUGUAGAUUACCCAUAUAAUUUAUUAAAUGUAAAAAUCGAUUUAUAUUUAGAUAAAGAGCUAGCCAAAAUAUAUUCUUCCGAUUGUAUAUUAAUUAAUAGUAAGUGGAAUGGAGAUAUAGAUAGAAUAUUUGAUGAUCAUAAAAAAGAAAGUGGAGAUGAUAUGCUGAAUGAAAAAACAAAAAUAGAAAUUAUAUUAAAGGAUGAAGUAAGAAAGAAGAAUAAUAUAUGUGAUGAGAUGAAGAAAAAGAUCUUAAAUAAUAUUUUGAAUAUUAUAAAUUCUCAUUGUAUAGGUAGGAAAGAAAUAAAUUUUAGAGAUUACUUAAAAAUAAUAUAUAAGAAAUAUUUUUGUUACCCUGAGAUGUUAUUAUAUAAAGAAAAUAAAACAAUAAAUGAAAUUAACCAAGGAGAACAUUAUUGUAAUAAUAAUAAUAAUGAUAUUAAUAUUUGUGAUAUUAAUAAUUGUGAUAUUAAUAAUUGUGAUAUUAAUAAUUGUGAUAUUAAUAAUUGUGAUAUUAAUAUUUGUGAUAUUAAUAAUUGUGAUAUUAAUAAUUGUGAUAUUAAUAUUUGUGAUUGUCAUUUUAAUGAUGAUUUAAAUUAUAAAGAGUCCGUAGAAAUAAUAAAUGAUUUAAUAUUCUUUUUAUUUGAAGAUAAUUUUUAUAAUGCUUCUAUUUCUAAAGAAAAUAAAAUAUGUUAUAAAAGGUUGUAUGAACAAUUUAAUAAAAUUAUGAUAAAGUCUAAAAUCAUAAAAUUAAAUGAGGAAAUGUUAUCUUAUUUGUUGAUAGAUUCGAUAUUUAUACCAGACUAUGUUCAUAAAAAUACGUUUAAGCAGGUGGAUGAAUAUUUCUAUUCAUCGUUUUCUUCAUAUUCGGAACGUGAAGAAUGUGAAAAAAACAAAAAAACAAAAAAAACAAACAAAACAAACAAAACAAACAGGAUAAAUAAUGAGUGUGGGGAUAAUUCGGAGGGGGAUACACGUACAGAAAGAAAAAAAAUAAAAAAUAAUAAUAAUAAAAACAACAACAACAAUAAUAAUAAUAAUAAGAACAAUAAUAAGAACAAUAAUAAGAACAAUAAUCAGAACAAUAAUAAUAAUAGUUGCCUUCCUGUUUUGGAAAAUGAACAUACAGACAAUGAGGAGGAAGGUAAAAAGGAAGAUCUGGAAUAUGAAGAAAUUAUAAAAAUAUUUCAAAAUAAAAAUUUUCGUCUUAUUUUAGAGGAUAUAGAAAAUGAAAUAAAUAAAUUAAAUAAUAGUGUAUUUUUAAGAAUUAAUCAUAAAAAUGUAAGAGGAGGGUGUUUUGUAAAUAAUUAUAGUUUAGAAGUAAAGACAUUAUAUGAUGCAUUAUUAGUUUUAAAAAGUUGUACAGGUAUUUAUAAAAUGUUAAAAAGUAAUAUUGAUGAGGAAGCAGAAAAAGAAAAGAAAGAAAAGAAAGAAAAUGAAAAAAAUGAAGAAAAUGAAAAAAAUGAAAAAAAUGAAAAAAAUGAAAAAAAUGAAAAAAAUGAAAAAAAUGAAAAAAAUGAAAAAAAUGAAAAAAAUGAAAAAAAUGAAGAAAAUGAAAAAAAUGAAAAAAAUGAGAAAAAUAUAGAUAAUAUAGAUAAGAUAGAAAAGAAAGAUCAUUAUUUAAUAUUGUCCAAAUAUGUUAAUAUUAAUAUAUGUUUUUUAUUUGAUGUAUAUGUAUAUGAGAAUAAUAUAAUAGGUAUAUCACAAAAAUAUUUAAAUUAUUAUUUUUCCUUUCUGAACGAUCCAGAUGUUAUUAUAGAUACUAUAAAUCUUAUAAAAAAUAUGUUUGAAAAAAAUUUAAAAAACAAAUUUUUUUGUAAUAAUUAUAUUUUUCAAGUUUAUAUACAUACAUUUAAAAAAACCAAAAAGAAAAAGUUACUUUUAAUUAAUUCAAAAAGUUGGUUAUAUAAAAAUAAGCAUCCAUAUUUUACUAAUCGCUUUUUAAAAUAUUAUAUAUAUACAGACUAUGCAGGUGUUAGAAUACCGGAUGAAAAAUAUAUGGAAAAGGGAAUAUAUAAAUAUAAAUAUGAUUAUAUUGAUCAGAUAGAUAGUUACAAAAUGUUAAACAAGGAAACUACAAAGGAUACAUCAUGGAUGAAUAGGGAAAAUGAAAAUGACGAAUUUGAUUUUUAUUUGUAUGAUGACAUAUUAUAUUAUUGUAUAGUAAAAAAUGAUAGUAUAUAUAAAAAAAACACAAACAUAUAUCCCAAGGAUUUGAAUUAUAUCAAGGAGGGAGAAAUCGACAUCGAUAAUUUAAUAGACACAAUGAAACGAGAAAAUAAUAUCCAAUAA